AAUGGGACUUUUUAUAUUCAGAAGGGAAAGUUGCAGCAAUUCAAAAUACUACGGAGACAUUGCAGGCUAAGAUAUUGCUCUCUCGAUCUAUCUACCGCUUUCGAUCGUUGGUUGAUGAUUUUCGUCUGAGUAGAGUGGGAUUUCGUUACAGGAUUGUUUAGGUAUCGUUGCGAAACUGUUCAUCUGUUACAACAAUAGACGGGUCUGAGUAUCUUAGAACUUGCAUUCAUGGCGGAAUACAUAACUGAUUGAAAUUCAAACCCUGCUAUGCACUGAUGCUUGUGUAUUUACUUAUCGUUCAGCUUCAAAUUUAACAGGUUUUUCAAUUUCCUCAACAGUACCUUGCAGGCAUUGGAACAUCUUUAGGACUCCGAACAUUGUAGCGAUCCGUUGCCAUCUUUGAUCCAACACUUGUCUUUUCAGAUCAAAGUUUUCUUCGAUAACACAUUUACUUAGCUGCUGCUCAAAUUUGGGAUUCUGUAAAAUCGAGAUCAAAAUUUUCUUCGAUAACACAUUUACUUAGCUGCUGCUCAAAUUUGGGAUUAUGUAAAAUCGAGAUUACUGCCAUGCUGCGCGAAAUUGUAUUUAUCCGAAGAGUCGGGAUUCCCGUGAGCUCCCAGCAGAAGAACCGGGAGGUUCUCGCAAGCGUUCUAGCCAAUGCUCUUCUGAAGCAGCUGUUGAACAAUAAAGCCUGUGAAUACGGUUACUUUCUUUCAGUGACGAAAUUAAUCAGCAUAGGCCAGGGAGACAACAAGUUCUGUUCGGACUUCAUUCUUUUUCCCAUCGAGUUUCGUUGUCGGCUCUUUCUACCCGUGGCGGGCGAGGUCAUGACAGGGGUUGUCCACAAGAUGAAUUUACGGGGCGUUUUUAUCAGGUCGGGGCCGAUGAACUGCGUUUACUUGUCGAACCAGCUGAUGCCGAACUACAAUUAUGUUCCGGGGGAGAAUCCGACUUUCUUGGGAGAGGAUUCGUCGAAAAUUCAGGUCGGUGUCGUUAUCCGAUACGCAGUUUACGCCGUUAGAUGGAUCGAGGAUAGGUGGAGGGAGUUCCGGGUUCUGGCAACUAUUGCUGACGACGGGCUCGGACCCGUUUCCUCGAACGGAUUGGACGGUAUGGAUUUGUAAUGCUUUUCGGACAUCGGCGAUUUUAAGACAUGCAUACAUGUCCGAGAAUCUGAUUCGAGCUCGAUCGGGCUCGGAUCGUAGCGAGAAACUGCAUUACUAUGUCAUUGGAACAGCUUUGGAACGGUGAAAAAAAAUCGGAUCUUUGGACAUUAGAUGUAGGCGAAAGGAGCAGGAAAGCUUAAGGUAUUUAUUUUAUUUUGGCAAAAUUGCUUAUAAUAUGUGAACUUAGUUUAAAAAGUCUGUAUCAUUUUCUAUUAUGAUUUUAAAAAUUGUAUAAGGUUUUAAUGAUUUUAUAAAAUAUUGUACAGAAUCCUCCGAGACAUAGGAGAGUUGCAUGAAUGUUUUUUUGGGGAUUUUGUUCGAUAUUUUUUAAAAAAUAAAAAAGUCUUGUACAGUUUUAAAAUUAUGAAUAAAUAUGAUGCAGAUUUUUGAACUAUUUCAUUUGUGAAUUAUAAGCAAUUAUUUGUAGUCAGUUUAUUUUUAUUUUUUUGUACUUUUUGGAUAUUUUUGUUACGAGCAAAGUAAGAUAUUUUAGCGUC